AUGGGGGGCACCCUGGUGUGGGUGCUGUUGUUGCUGCUGGUGCUUCACAAUGCCAGGACCCAGGAAUAUUCAUGCCCUGUGUCGUCGGGGAAUGUGGACUGGACCGCGGAGUUCCCGGACACGUGCCUGAACUUCAGUAACCUGGGUCUGAGUCUGCCCCGGAACCAGUCUUUGCAGGCAAACAAAGUGGUCCACUUGGACCUGUCCGCAAACGGCCUGCAUGAGCUCCCGUCACUCUUCUUUGAGAAACUGGGGACGCUGAAGAUCCUGGAUGUCACGGGCAACUGGCUGGAUCGCGUGGAUGGGGCGCUGGCCACCCGCUGUGACCUAGACCUGAGGGCCAACUGCGGCUGUGGUCUGAUGGCCUGGCAUGAGGUCCGGCAGGUCAACUGCUCUGGCCAGUGGCCUCUGCGAUGCCUGGACACCAUGGGCACCUGGCGCAACCUCUCGGCCUUCCUGGAGGUCAGAUGUGCCCCCGGCCUGGCCCCAAGCACCAUCGGGGCACUGGCGGGCGGUGGAUGCUUGUUCUUCGGGCUGGUCAUCGCUGGCCUCAUACUGGCCUGGGGACGCUGGGUGGCCAAUAGCCGCGGCCUGGGAAAAGCCCGGGCUGCCAAGGAUGAUACCAGACCUGGCUUGGGCCGGCAGCCACGGUACAGCAGUCGGAACCUUGGCCCCAAGCCCCCAGUGGGUGACCUGCCUGGUCCCCACACUGCCGACUACGAGAACAUGUUCGUGGACCAGCCAGCUGCUGGGCCUGGCUUCCAGGAUUGCCACUGGGCCAAACAUGGGGGUCACUCUCCAGAGAACGACUUCUACAUGAACUACGAGGGCGUCAGCCAGACCUCCCAGCCUGUCUAUUGCAACCUGGCGUCACUGGGCCGGGCCCCCCUGGAUGAAGAGGAGUACGUGAUCCCUGGGCACUGA